AUGUCGAACUUGAACACUCAAAACGAGCCUUUCUAUCUACGUUACUACUCAGGGCAUUCUGGGCGGUUUGGACAUGAGUUUUUAGAAUUCGACUUUCGAACUCUCGGCGAUGGACGUAGCGCUGCCGUACGAUAUGCGAACAACUCGAAUUACCGAAACGAUUCGCUGAUCCGCAAAGAGAUGUGCGUGAGCUCUCUCAUGAUCGCAGAGCUCAAGCGAAUCAUCAAAGAUAGUGAAAUCCUAAAAGAAGAUGAUUCAAAAUGGCCACAGAAAAACAAGGACGGUCGCCAGGAAUUGGAGAUCAAACUUGGGAAUGAACACAUUUCGUUUGAGACUGCUAAAAUCGGAUCUCUUGUCGACGUGACCGAAUCCGCUGAUCCUGAGGGUCUACGAGUAUUUUAUUAUCUCGUCCAAGAUCUCAAAGCCUUCGUCUUUUCCUUAAUCUCUUUGCACUUCAAGGUAAGCGUUGUUGCUGUUCCAGCUGGAGCUUCGCCGGCCUAA